UUUUGAAAAGUGUACCUUCUAAGACCUAAUUUUAAAUUUAUUUGUAAGAAUUGCUAAGAUGAGCGAGGGCGAAGGAACUUUAGUGGACAAAUCGGAAAGUAGCUCCUUUGAGGAUCUCGCAGCGGCGGCGGCCCAUGAGAUCGAGGAGGCGAAACUUGCGGAAGCAGCUGCAGCUAAAGAAAAUAAAGAAAGUUCAGAUGAAACGAAAACUGAUGAGUGGCAAGAUGUGCUGGGGUCAGGCGCACUACUUAAAAAGAUUAUCAAAAUUGGUGAUGAAUCAAGUGGUUUAAGACCUCACAGGAGUGAUAUUUGCCGAAUCAGUUAUGAGAUUAAAAUAAAAGACACUGAACAUGUUGUGGAAAAAAGAGAUCAAGUUAAAAUAUAUUUGGGUGACAAUGAAAUUCUCCAAGGCAUGGACUUAGCAGUAACAAUGAUGUACAAAGGUGAAGAAUGUCUUUUACAAAUGGCCCCGCGUUUCGCUUACGGGGAGAACGGACUGAAGCCCGGCGAGAGCUUAGGCUCUGUGGGUGAGCUGGACGGGCCCAAGUACGAGGGUCCGGUUAUAGGAGCUGAUACCUGGUUGGAUGUGAGAGUGGAACUCCAUGAUUGGGAUGAAGAGCCUGAGCUCGAUCACUAUUCCAUUGCUGAACGAAUGGAGAUUGGCAUUCGACGGCGUGCACGCGGCAACUGGUGGUACGGUCGCGGGGAGGCUCAGCUCGCCGUGCAGCUGUACCGGCGCGCGCUGGACGUGCUCGACGAGACGGACGGCGGGAUCACCGAGCCCACGCCCAGCGGUGACCUGGCUCCCACCUCGGAUGCCCUGCAAGCGCUGCUGGAGGAGCGGCUGCGGGUCCACAACAAUAUGGCGGCGGCACAACUGAAGGCUGGCGCUUAUGAAGCUGCUUUACAGGCCGUAACCCGAGUGUUGACCUGCCAACCGAAGAACGCAAAAGCUCUGUAUCGGAAGUCCCGCAUCCUAUCUGCCAUGGGCAAGAACUCUGAGGCCCUGGAGGCAGCCCGCGCGGCCGCGCUGGCCGCGCCCGAGGACGCGGGCGCCCGCAAGGAGCUGCAGCGCUGCGAGCAGCGCGCCACGCGCGACCGCUCCCUCGAGAGGAGGCUCGCCAAGCGCAUGCUGGGGACCAGCGCGCAGGGGAAGCCCGGCGCGCCUGAUAAGAAGCCCUCCAAGAAUAAGAUGCUGAUGUGGGGUUCGCUGCUUCUAAGUCUGCUGGUGGGAGUGGCCAGCGUCCUCGUCUACCGGUACAAGAUACAAUCACAUUGACGUAGCGACACCUCACAUUGGCUGUAGAGGAUCCAAUGGUGUAAUAGGAGGGGAUGGUGCACACUAUACUUAAGGCCACGUCAUAUCUUCGUUGAUAAAGAAAAUCAUAAGCUUUCGAUAAGCAAUCGUCUCCGCGCGUAUCGAUAACGAGAGAACAUAUGUAUAGUUAUUGUUACUGAUGUAAAUAUUUACGUUAACAAAAGGUGUCUAGAUUUGCCCUAGCGCAAUCUCAAUAUUUUUUUAUAUUUAUACAAAUUACGAAUUAUUUUCACUAUGACUAUCGCUCGCUGACGUUUAAAUUAUAUAAUCAAAACCAAAAUCAAAAGUUUUUUUCUCAAAUAGGCCGUUUUCAGACGUUACAGUAUUGACUUUAGUUGGACGGUGCCAAAUUGACAUUCUUAUGGAUAAAAACUGGCAAGAAACUCCAUAAGUUCCACUUUAAAAAUAAAUUUAUAUACAGUACAUCUUAUACAUUAUUAUUGAUAUAUGCAGCUAAAUAUUAAAAAAAAGACAUUCAUGGAAAACGAAAGAAAAUUAUCAAGUAAAUUUUACUGUUGUAAAGCAUAUUUGACCAAUAAAUUACAAGAAUAUCGCAACAGAACAAAUAGUAGUGAUUAAAUGAAAACUUUACAUACACUCCAUUUGUUGUUCUAAUCUAAUUCCUAAUAGAACAAAUUCGGGGAAGGCCGGUAUCUUCAAUAUUUUCUGAUUAAACGAUAUAAUUUAUCGUUUAGAUAAAACAAUGACUUAUUUGUGUAUUUAGAUAAAUAAAUAUUACAUCACCGUGAUUAUUGAUUCAAAUCCUCUUUAUUUUGGGAUUAUUUAUCAUUACAAAUAUUACAAUUAGACAAUAUUUAUGAUACCUACUGCAUUUUAACCAAGGGCUAGGUAGUUACAUGUUUUAUAAUUAUUGCAAUCAUUGUAUCGUCUUUACAUUUUGCCACUGUGCAUUUAUGUCUAAAUUUUAUGUAUAUAAUUAUGUAUAUGCGUUAAAAUUUUGUGUCUAUAGUUAGUGCCAAAAUGUAACAUAUGUAGGUAAAAAAAAAUAGUAUCCAAAGGUCAUAUUCUGCUGGUAUUUAUAGAACAAAUUAAAGUCAAACGUUAAUAUUUUUCGAAUGUAUAUUCCUUGUGAAGGCUAAAGUAUUCGGGUAAACAGAAGCAUUCCAAUUUUGUUUAGAAGUGAAUAUUUUUAUGUUGAAUUUUGGAAGCAUUUGUCUCUGGCUAAUGGGUGCUGUCGAAUCGCAUUUAUUUAUGUUUCACCACCAGCUAGAAUACUUUAGGUAGCCAACACUAGAAAUAAAUUAAUACGAUUCCUAAACAUUGUCUUCUACAUAUCGCUUCCAGGUGGUGAAACACUUAUACUGAAAGUUAGCAAUUAAUUUCUAAUUAUUACUUUUGGAAUGUUUGUAUUUUUAUUUUUGGCAAUUAAAUUAAAAUGCACACAAAAUAAUGUAAAAUUAGGUUUAUUUAGGUCAUUGGUUUGGUAAGGGGUCUUUACGAUUCCUAUAGAAUAAAAAUGUCAAUAAAAAUAAAAAAUAAACAAAAAAGUGGUGGUUCCAAUAUACACUUACACUAAUAAAAAAAUGUUAUUUA